CAGGGGCGCCCUCCCUUCCCCCGCCAGGCUGCGCCGGGCCGGCCGGCAAGGUCAGGAGAUAUAAGGGACCCGGCAGCGGCCCGGGGAUCCUGUGUGUCUGUGACUGCCGACCAGGACACAACAUGGCUCCGACAUGGCGGUGCGCAGCGCUGGCGCUGCUCGUGGCGACUCACUGCGUCUUCGCUGAGCCUCCGAUUUCAUCCAGUUAUGGUCCUCCUGGACUCGACGGUCCCAGCGGUGGCGGUGGAGGCCAUGACUUUGGAGGAGACGAUUCGUUUUCCGGAGGUCACGGCGGUGGCGGUCUGAGCUCCAGCUACGGAGCACCCUCCUCCAGUUACGGGGCACCUUCAUCCAGCUACGGGGCCCCUCCGUCUAGCUACGAUUCCCCCUCUUUCGGCGGUGGCCACGGCAGUGGCCACGGCGGCGGUCACGGUGGUGGCCACGGGGGCAGCAGUGGCGGCAGCGACUACCUCAGCGCCAACCUAGGCCACUCGACGUACACCGGACCCGUCAUCAGCAGCGGCGGUGGUGGCGGCCACGGCCAUGGGGGCGGUGGAGGCCACGGAGGCGGUGUCAGCAGCAGCUAUGGCCCGCCCGCCUCGUACAGUGGCCCCGUCCUGGGCGGUGGCGGGCACAGCGGUGGCCAUGGCGGUGGCCACGGCGGCGGCCACGGCGGCGGCCACAGCAGCGGAGGGAGCUUCGGCGGUGGUGGAUUCAAGGGCUUCAGCGGUGGCCUGAGUAGCAGCUAUGGCGCCCCAAGCAGCAGCUAUGGACCCCCCAGCAGCAGCUAUGGAGCCCCAAGCAGCCACGGCCCACCCAGCAGCAGCUACGGCGCCCCCAGCUUCAGUAGCGGUGUCUCCUUCAGCAAGCCCUCCAGCUUCAGUGGUGGAUUCAGCAAACGACCCAGCAGCAGCUAUGGCCCGCCUAAGGGCUUUAGUUCAUUCAAGGGUGGAUUCGGCGGCGGAUCGAAGGGCUUCAAGGGUGGCCACAGUGGUUUCAGCUCAGGUGGCCACAGUGGUUUCAGCUCUGGCGGCCAUGGUGGUUUCAGCUCAGGAGGUCACGGCGGUUUUAGCUCCGGUGGGCUCAGCUCCAGCUACGGGGCCCCCUCUUCCAGUUACGGCCCUCCAUCCUCCAGCUACGGGGCCCCCUCUUCGAGCUACGGCGCACCGUCCUCUGGAGGCCAUGGUGGAUUCAGUUCCGGUGGCCAUAGCAGCAUUUCGGGUGGCAGCCACGGAGGCUUCAGCUCUGGAGGUCACGGUGGUGGAGGACUGAGCUCGAGCUACGGAGCCCCCUCAUCUAGUUACGGCGCCCCUUCGUCCAGCUACAGCGCUCCCUCGUCCAGCUAUGGCGCUCCGUCUUUCAGUUCGGGGAGUCACGGUGGCUUUAGCUCCAGUAGCUUUGGUGGCGGCCACAGCAGUAAGCCGAGCUCAAGCUACGGCGCACCUUCGUCUAGCUAUAGCGCCCCUUCGUCGAGCUACGGUGCGCCAUCUCUGAGCUCAGGGAGCCUCGGUGGCUUUAGCUCUAGUAGUUUUGGCGGCGGGCACAGCAGCAGUGGCGGGCUCAGCUCCAGCUACGGUGCGCCCUCCUCUAGCUACGGUGCGCCCUCCUCUAGCUAUGGUGCUCCCUCGUCAAGCUACGACGCCUCUGACAGCCUCAGCGGCGGCCACAGCUCAGGCUUCAGUGCCUCCAGCUCAUCCAGCUUUGGAGGCCAUGGUGGCGGCAGUGUAAGCUCUAGCUAUGCUGCUCCGUCAGCCAGCUACGGAGCUCUAUCAGCCAGCUACGCUGCCCCAUCAGCAACCUACGGCGCCCCGUCAGCUAGCUACGGCGCCCCGUCAGCAAGCUACAGUGCGUCAGACAGCUACUCUUCAGCCGGCCCCGCGAGUGGAGGGCCCUAUGCGUGAACACCGAGCCCAGCCGCGAUGGACAGAUAUCCCAAAGAUCUCCGCAUGUGAAUUGUGGGCCAGACCACCGCGAGGGUGCCUCUCUUCUUCGCCUUUCUUCGAAUAUUUAUUAAUGAUAAUUUCCAUAAGGCACCUCUCGCAUCCAUUGGCCUGUCAAUUUACAUAAGGGUGUUGAUCGUUGUGACCACCCAAAUAACGUUUUCCAAAGGGUGCUUAGAGAAAAAUGUACAACGUUGUGAUCAGUAGAGAAUGUUAAUAAAUAUGUUUUUUUUUAAAUGA